AUGUCCUCAGUUGUAGCCCCAGAAAAACCCGCCUCCAACACCAUGGGCCCCAAAGAGGUCAGUGCAGUUCCGACACAUUUGUCGUUGGGUUAAUGAUAUGCUGUUCAAUCUGAUUAAAAAAAGUCUAAUUGCAUCACUGCAUGGUGCAAGCUUCUUAAUUGGGUACAUUUCUCUGCAAAAUGGUCUGUCUGAUUUAAUUUACGAGGAUCCUGAGAGCUUGGGUGGGGCAGUCAGGAUUAAAACAAGGGCAACAUUUACUGAGAGCCAACAUGUCCUUGAUUUUCUUCAUUUUCUUCAUACGUUAAAUAAAAUCAUUAAUAACAUAAUGAUCGCUGAAUUUAACUUAGCAGGAAUGAAGAUGAAAGUCUCUGAUUGAAAUGUGUAGAAAAUGACCAAAUAAGACAUGAUGUUAUGACUUUAGCUAGAAAAUGCUUGCAGCCUACUCAUUUAGUAACUGAACUAUUUUGUUCUUAAAUAAUACAUGAAAUUUUGUUCAGAACAAUUUGUGUUACUUCAUUUUGAUCAACUUAAUCUGUUGUAUGAGAAAGAUUUUGAACCAAUCAAAUGAUAAAUAUGCAAUGAUAUGGCUUUUACAAAAAGGCAGUGGUCAUAAUGCAUCAAAAUUGUGCCUGAAGCACCGAUUUAAUCUAACUGACUCUUCAGGUGGAGCUGAUCUUGGUGAAGGAGCAGAAUGGGGUUCAGUUCACCUCGACCACCCUUGUGGCCCCGACUCCCAAUCAGACCAAUCCCAGUGGAGAAGAGGAGAGGGAGACCUGGGGGAAGAAAAUCGACUUCCUGCUGUCUGUGAUCGGUUUCGCUGUAGACCUGGCAAAUGUCUGGAGAUUCCCAUACCUCUGCUACAAGAAUGGAGGAGGUGAGCGAGAGCUGCUGUCAGAGCAUGUCUUAAGGGUCUACUGCCAGAGAAUGGAUGGAGAAGAGAGUAAGGGUGUAGAAAAAGGGGGGAAAAAUGCAAUGUUGUACAAAGCUGUGGUGAAGUGAGGAGUGAAAGGCUUGAUGUUGGAGUUUAAGGCCGUGAUUUUGUUUAAAAAGAAAAGGGAGAAUAUAAGUGGUGUAUAAGGUCAAAUAAGAGGAGGAGUCAUUCACACAUGACUAACAUACUCCAUGUUUUACCUUUUUACAUGCAAGUCCAUGCACCACAAAUUUACGCUUGAUAGCAAAUGUCUUUUUAAGUGAUUGAUAUUGAGUGUGCGUCUCAGCUCAUUUUGCCCACUGGUUGCCGUCAGAGGUUUUUUUUUUCUUUUCUUUUUUAAAGCUCUCUGCAGAGAUCAAAAUAGGGGAAAAACCACCACAGCUGCUCUGAAUAGAUUAGCACCAACAAUCACUGCCACUAAUUAUGGCUGUUUAACAUAAAGCUUUCAUUAUGCUCAAGAGCUGUCAGUGAUACUGUAGUGAUAGUCAAGGGUGACCAUGUGCCGCUGUAUUCAGUAUGGUUUCAUACCUGUAAACAAAAACAAAAAAAACAAAAAAAGAUUAUUUUUGGCCCUAAAUUAAAAUUUUGUUAUGUGUCGUUUGAUAGAGUUGUAUGAACAAAAUUUUCAAGGCAGGGCACAAACAACAACAUUGUGUGUUUUAUCUUGAUCCCAACUAAAUUAACCACGAGUAAAGCUAUUCAUAAGGGUGUAAUCAUUCUGUCUGAACAGGUUCAUAUAUAAUAACAGCUUGUUAAAAGUUUCAAUAUCUCGUGAACUUCUGUAGUGAACUGUUAAAUUGACAGCUGACACCCUUGUGCUUGGCAUUUCGCCUCCAUGCAUAUUGUCCAUCAACCAUGUAAGCAUGUAGUAAUUUGCUUUAACUGUCAAUCAAGAUAUUACAAUCAAGGGUGAGGGGUUAGUUGACUGACAGUGAAUGCUGGUCUUCACCCGGUCACCCACUUGUUAAAAGUCAGGUUUGCAUCAUUUAACAAGUUAGAACUUUAUUGAUAUUGGAUUGUAACUUGUAUAUCCUUUCAAGAUUUUUGCACGAGUCAAGUUGCUAUGUGGUCUGUGUCUGUGUCUGUGUGUGCAGGUGCAUUCCUAGUGCCAUACCUGUUCUUCAUGGUGAUCGCAGGCAUGCCUCUCUUCUACAUGGAGCUGGCUCUGGGACAGUAUAACAGAGAGGGGGCUGCAGGAGUCUGGAAGAUCUGCCCAAUAUUUAAAGGUAGGAGGUUGACGCUCUUCAUGACUUAGAGUUUGAAGUACAGACAGACAGAUAACUUCCCACACUGGAGGAUGAACACAUGCAGAAUACCUUAUUUUGACGCCUGUCUGUUUCAAAGUGAGGCCUGCACAUACAUGAAAUCUGUCAUGGCGUGUCAUGAGUCGCAUCCUUCCCAUCACCUGUCUGCCUCCGUGCCUGUCUAUCUGUCUGAUGGUAAAUUUUCUUUAAUAUGCACAUGUCUCUCUGUCUGUUUGUCUGCCCACAUGCCUGUCUGUCCACAUGCCAGUCUCUUUUGUCUCCUUGUCUCUACGCUGAGCAGCGACAGGCAUUGUUUAUCCUCUGCACACCAUCAGGUUGUGCUGGCACUGAGAUGGAAAGCAAAUGAAAAUUGGGCUUUUAGACUCUUGUCCUGAUUGUCCAAAUUCUUCCGUCAAAUAGUGGCGUGGAGCGCCGUCUGACACUCUGCAGCGGUACUUUUUAACACAUCAAUAAGCAAAGCGCGGUUGAGGAAGAUGCCAUCCAAACUAACGGAGAAGAAAACAUUAAAACCAAUUUAGUCUCAAAAGUACAAUAAAUCACUUCCUAUGGUGAAACUUUUUAAACUUUGAUAAAGUUGUUGUGUUAGGUUUUCUUGUGUUUUUCAAUCUGUCUCUGUAAUGUUUGCUGUUUUUCACACUGAUAUGAGUUUGUUGAUCAUUCUCUGAUGUUACAAUUUCUUUUAAAUCACACCCUGCUGUUGUCUUGAGCUGCAGCAGAAUUACCACCUCAAACACCAUUAUUCCCACCAGACCAUCUGUUGCUUCAGAAUGUGAAGCUAUACCGCUGUCUUUCAUCGCAUCAUGUCCUUGCUGGUCUUAAGGUGGUCCACAGUGGGUGUGUGUCUGUUCAUGUGUUUCUGUAUGUGUGUGUGUCUCUGAGUGUGUGCCCAUGUGCCGUCUGUGAGGGACCACACUGGGUAGGUUGACGCUCUAAUCACACGCUUCACUCUCUCCUUGUCUCUCAGUGGGGGGAUAACUGUAAUUAUUCAAAUACACACAUACACAUGCCCAUAUUGACAGUAAUUAUUCUGAUCAACAAGCUGGUUUCCUCUAAGGAUCAAUGCAUUUGAAGAAAACGACUGUGAAAGGGAGAGACGGCCAAGAUGGAGAGAUAACAUGGCUGCAUGUGGCGCUAAUAAGAGGCAUUGCUGCCUAGACAAAUAUCACAUCCACAUUACAAAGGAAUCAAUAAGGCACAGUUGUGGUCAUGCCUCUUAGCAAAGGUUAACCAUUAAAUUCAGCCUUAGAAGAGGGGUAAGGGCUUCAGAUUGACAGAAAGGGCAGAUGGGUUGAUAAUAAUAAGGCAUGAAGACGGGAUCUGUGGAACUUGUCGGGCUUUCUUCAACACCGUGGAGAUCAAUGUAAGGUGGCUGAAUCAGAGAUCUUUUUUCCCUCGGUGGAAUGUCAUCAUGCAGUACAGCAUUACUUUUGAACAGUGUUUUACUUUUAUAUUGACUCACACUCACAUGUCCAAAUAUCUUUAAGCCCUUACACAGCACUGAGACAUCCUCAGUAAUGCAACAGAAGACUUACCUCUUGCACCUGAUAAAGGUUGAAUAGAGCUUUAUUCCUGUUUGAAUUGAGGGCAGCUUUUGACACUACGGUUCACUCUAUCCUUCUUCAGUAUCUUCAAUAUUGACUCACUCUCAAAGGCCCAACUCUGGAGUGGUUGUACUCCAACCCAUCAAACAGAACUUUUUCAUUUGUUGCAAAAAAGAAAAAAAACUUCCAUCCUCUGUAAAUCUUAUUGAAGGCAUUCCCCAAGGAUCAUUUUGAGGUCCACUAUCGUUCCCCUUAAUGGACUGUCUUUAAGUGAAGUCAUACAUAAACAGAGGGAACAAAUUCACAGAUGGACUGCACAUCUUAUCCAGCUUUAAAACAUGUAUAAAUGAGACCAUCUGAUUUUGAUAGUGCACACAUAACAUUAAAUGCCCAUCUUGAUGCUCUGCUGAGCAAAUACUGUUUGGGUGCCCUGUGCUGUUUGCAUGUUUAGGACAAAUCUUUCUUCGAAAAAGAAAAAUGCUUCGUCACAAACAUCAGCUUAAAGUCAUAUGCAAUUACAGUAAAAUUAUUGCUGUUUGCAGAGGGAUGACACCAUAUCAAGCUGCAUAUAACAGAAAAUACUAGGCCUACAUUUUAAAAGUUAUCCUGUAAGUUCUCUGUGUUUUAUGAUAAGAGGUAGAUCCACUCACUGAGAGAGCAACAGGCUCUCAGACUCUUUUGAUAACUGAUUAUACAAACAAGGAGCACCUCAAAGUAAAGCAUAUGCAUAAUAACCAUUGUUUCCCUUCAACAGGUGUGGGUUUUACAGUGAUCCUCAUUUCCCUCUACGUUGGUUUCUACUAUAACGUCAUCAUUUCCUGGGCACUGUUUUACCUUUUCUCAUCAUUCACCGGCGAGCUCCCGUGGGUCCACUGCAACAACACCUGGAACAGCCCGAACUGUUCUGACUGGGCUGACAACAGCUCAGUCAGUGACAUUUACAAGGCCACCCCUGCUCAGGAGUACUUUGAGUAAGUUGACCUGAACCAUGUGUCUUGAAUUUCUUUUGGCCUACUCUGUUUUUGAUUAGAAAUAGUCAGUUCAGCUGAAAGAAAAUGAAACUCCAUAGAUUUUGAGUCCUUGUGGAUCCCUACCAAAAUUUGUAAAGUUACAAUUGUGUAAUUCUUUAAACUUAAAAUGUAUUUUGUCGCAAUGUAUCUUCACUAAUUGAUGUCUUUGAACAUACAGCAAACAAUGAAACCUUAAAAUACCUGCAUUUGAAGGAAAACAACAAAAUCUAAACCCUUAAUGGGUCAUGUCUUGUAUUGGCUGAGCUGUCUGACAUAUAUGUAUAAUUCAAAUACUUCUUAUGAUUGAUUUCAAGAAAUACUCCAGUCAUGUGAGAUACAGGAUUUCAGAAAUUUCAUGAGCUAUAGGCCAAAAUCUUUAAAGCUAAAACUAAAAAGACUAAAAAUAUUCAUUUUGCAUGUCACAAAUGUAAGAAUAUCUGAAAAUCUACCUCUUCGAAUUACAUAAUGUAAAAAAAAAAAAAAAGUGAUUUAUUGAGACACAUCUUUCUACAGUUUUUACAGUCAUGUACUCUUGGUGUGUAACAGUGUGUUAUUGAUGCUCUCAGUCCUCAAAAUAACAGCAAAUUCCUAAAAAGGUUUUAGAAAUUUGCUAUAUUGAUGUCAUAAUUAAGCUGUGUUUUUAGUAAAAACAGAUCUUAAAUAUGACAUCAAUAUAACAUCAGACAUAAUCUUUUGAAUUUGUCUGCUUUUGGCUCAUGAAGCCCAUAUUUGUGUGAAGACAAGCAGGUGUCUCCAUCCCCGACAAGUGAGGCAAUGAUUUGUUGUGACAGCUGAGCCAUGUCAUCCGUAAAGCUGAAUAGGCAGUGUGCUAUUUACAUACAACCACCUGCAGACAAUUUGACCACAUCAGCUGAAUAAUAUUCCAUCUCAUCUGUUUUCUAAAGCUGAAAUAAUCUGAAUCAAGGUAUUUUCAGUCUUAUGCUAACCUUUCAUGUGACACUUGUGCAGAAAAUUUUACUGUACUGAAGGACAAAUUGACUUUAAAUCUGUGUAAUUUCCUUUUCCAUGGCAAGGUUUGUGCCUUUGCAGGUUGUCAUGAUAUCCGAGGCGACAUCUUGUAGCGUUUGUAACAGAUGUAGGAAUGCUUCACGAUGCCAGAUUUCUUUAGGGCGUGUUAAAUGUCCCCCUGUCACUGGUGAAAUGUAGAUACUCAGCUUCCAACAAAUCCAAGUGUUGGUUUUGAAGCCAAUAGAAGACAAGACUGACAUCUAGAGACUUAACUCAUGUGAAUAAUAAUGAUGUUGUCUCUGUAAUGACCUAGCCAUAUGGAUCCUAAGGGCACUCGGUACAUCUUGGAUCAGUUCAUCCAGGAUCAUUCCUGUCUUUUAAUGCUGUGUAGCAGGUUUUUUAAGGUCUUUUGGCAAAGGCUUGGACCCUACAACUGGGGCUUUCCCCCAUUUGAAGCCAGUUAGAUCAUAAAACUUCUAUUAUUUCACAUGAGAUCAAAGAAUGGACCCUAAACUCUAGUCCGAACCCUGAUCACAAUAUUUACUUCCCUUAGUCGAGCGGUCCUCCACAUCCAGGACAGUAGAGGGAUCGAUGAUCUGGGCCGUCCUCGUUGGCAGUUGACUUCCUGUCUGGCUGUAGUGAUUGUCCUGCUCUACUUCAGUCUGUGGAAAGGGGUCAAGACCUCUGGAAAGGUAGGAAAUGGCACUUCAGCAAUGUUUGUUGAAAAAAGAAACCCCAAAAGUACACAGCACCCACUAAGAACUAAUGAAAUGAGUCACAAAACAUUUUAGGUUAAGGAUGAUCUCAAACACAUUUGGUGUAUGAAAAUGCGGCUUUUAGUCCAAAUGAAACAACUGAACUUAACUGUUUGCACAGAUAUGAAUGUGUAAACUCUUUUCUUGAUUUCUCUCUGUGUAUACUUGUUUGUGUGUGUACUGCAUGUGUGUGCAUACCUUGUGCAACCCUUUCAGGUUGUGUGGAUCACAGCCACAAUGCCCUAUGUGGUCCUGACUGUGCUGCUGCUCCGUGGAGUCACUCUGCCUGGAGCUAUUGAUGGCAUUAAAGCUUACCUCUCCGUGGACUUCCUGAGACUCUGUGACGCCAAGGUGAGUGUGUGAGAGGAGAGAGUGGGGACACAAUCAGAUUGUGCGUGCUUGGGGUCCAAAAGUAGAAGAAAACCGAAGAGACAUUAAAGGGAAACUUUGACAUUUUCAGAUAAGUUUUGUUAUUAUCAAAGUGGGGUUGCCCCAAAAGACUUGGCUUGUAUCAUGGAGCAUAUUUGGUUGACCUCAUCCUACUUAUGGCCUAAGCUGGACCUGAAAUGGAUUCGAUAGUCUAUAGCAUUAUUUUGGCCUUACAUAUUUCGACCUGUGCACAUUACAUAAUGGUAACAACCACAAUAAUGCAAGGAGUAAUCUAUAAUCUGUAAAUUGCAAUCAUUGUAUGCUGUUGACCAUUAAAAAAAGUCAAAAGGCAACACAGUAUGUUUUGCAGUGUCAAUUUUUGGUGAAGUAUCAUGUCUUUAAGGCAUUAAAAACAAAUAUGAGUCAAUUGUUUGAGUAAAUAUUUCUAUUAUUGAGCUCCUCAGUCCUUAUUAAAGUAAAUAAGAUACCAUUUGAUGUAACAGCAGGUUAAAAAAAAGAGGAAAUAAGUACACAUUCAAGACUAAGGGACGCAGUUAUGGAGAAUGAGAGUGAAAGAUAGACCAAGAGCGGUGGAGAGAUGCAUGGCAGCAAUCAGAGAAUUAGAUUAGGUAGAUGCAUGGAGCAGUAAUUUGCAAAAUUACCCCCCGUAUUCACCACCGUCUUUCAUCUACUGCUGUUGAAUGAGUUUCCUGCAAUUAUCCCUAAUAAUGGCUUUUUUCCUCUCCUGUGCCUUUUGUUUGCCGCUUCACACAAGUGUGCCUGUUCUGUUGCUCCCCAGGUCUGGAUUGAGGCUGCGACACAGAUCUGUUUCUCUCUGGGAGUGGGGUUUGGUGUACUAAUCGCCUUUUCCAGCUACAACAAAUUCAGCAACAACUGCUACAGGUAAGACAAGGGGGAAGGGGGAGACAGGGGUUCACAAGAUGGAGAUCAGAUCUGGGAAAGCUUCCGCACACACAGAUGCAAACACAUGCAGGUGACAUCGGCAGGUGAAUUACAAGAACCUUUGAAGCCCCUUGAAACCUGCUACGUCUUUGACACCAUGCAGUGCAGCAAACAGCCAUAACACCAAUCAAAACGAACACACUCUUUGAAAUCAUCAGCACCCUGCAGGACACUCUUACCUUCAUUCGUCGCUUUUUCAACAGUUUCAGUAUCAAGCACACAACACGGGCCUACUGAGGCAUUACACCUUUGACUCAGAGGAGAAAUUCUGGUUGCAAAAUUUGAUGAUAUAGGAAGUGUUGGGGACAGUUUGGGUGUUUUAUUUCUCUUCCAAACACCAAUGCUUGUUUUUUACCGCACACUGACAUCCUAAUUUGUUUGUAUUCUCUAUCUAAUCGUUUUUGCGAUUGCAGGUUUAGACAGUAUCCCAACAGACUAACUGGUCAGAAAAACAUUUACUGCCUGCCUGAUCUAUAAAAUCCAUCAAGGCUAUUGUAACUAUUUUGUGACUAAAAUCAUUCAGACAAGUUUGUAUUCUUCAUGUCAAAGCCAAGAAAAACAGCCCAACACUUUCCUGAGUUGACUGGUUGGUCAAUUGGCUGAUCAAUAAUGUUAAUAUUGACUGUGUAAUGGUCGAUGAAGAAAUAAUGAACUGUGGAUUCGUAAUUCUUGACUGUUGUUCUCUUUAUUUUGUCUCAUUGAUCCAGAGACGCCAUCAUUACCAGCUCCAUCAACUCUCUAACCAGUUUCUUCUCCGGGUUUGUGGUCUUCUCCUUCCUGGGAUACAUGUCUUAUAAGCACAAUGUGCCCCUGGAUAAAGUUGCCAGAGAUGGUAAGAUCUUGUAAUCCCCCUUUGAUGUUGUACUUAUAUUAUAUGAAUAUCAAGGGGUAAAUAUUAACAUCAAAUAGGGGCUCUUAAAAGUGAUGAAAAACAGAAAUUAGAUUUGUUAUUUUGUUAUUUCAUGCUCAGCAUUUGAAGAUAAUUUUCAGAUGUUUGGAGCCUUUUGCUUGAUGAAGUUACAACAGAACAAAGUGUGUGAUCCAGAAAUUAACAAACAAAAUAUUUUGCACAAACACCAACCAACAGCAGUACUCUUUGUUUCUAUGACCUUUUCCAGUUGGUCGGUAUUAACUGCUCUUUGUGAUGCCUGUGGCUUUCUUCACAAUAUUUUUAAAGCACCUUUAAGCCACUUACUGAUUUCCACUUUCCUUUUCUUUCAUUCUUUAGGUGCUGGUUUGGUGUUUGUCAUUUACCCAGAAGCCAUUGCAACAUUACCUGGUUCAUCAAUAUGGGCGGUUAUCUUCUUCAUCAUGCUUUUGACACUUGGCAUUGACAGUGCUGUGAGUUUGCACCAAUCCCCCCACUCACACAUGUACACACCUGGCUAGACAAUGAUAGGGAUCAAUUGACAACACUUUUAACAGACUUUAGACCAAAAAUCUUCAGUCACUCAGCUCCUCCUGGCUCCCUACAUCAUUGUAGCUCUUGUCUUGUUUUGCAGAUGGGUGGGAUGGAAUCGGUAAUCACUGGGCUGAUUGACGAGUUUAAAUUCCUUCACAAGCACCGGGAAGUGUUCACCCUCUUCAUCGUUGCAGCAACUUUUCUUAUAUCACUCUUCUGUGUAACAAAUGUAAGUAGUGCACCUGGUCUGUUGCUGGUUGUUGUACUGUGGUUUUGACUAGAGCAGUUUGAUAAAUGAAUUCAUAUCAAACCCUUGUAUUUUUUUCUGUCUAUUUUCUGCAUGGCUAUUGUUAUAACAUAACACAAUAACUACACAUUCUUAAUAUCUCUCCAGGGUGGGAUGUAUGUGUUCACUCUUCUGGACUACUUUGCUGCAGGAACAUCGAUUCUCUUUGGAGUGCUUAUUGAAGCCAUCGGCAUCGCUUGGUUUUACGGUGAGACAGAUUGACAGGACCAAAGAGGAAAGAGAAACAGAUGAUUCAUGUUUUCAUGGUCAGCAAAGCUGAUGCUAUAUUAAGGGUUUGAUGAGAAAUCUGUUGGUUUAGGAGAGCUGUGACUCAAUGACACAUAGUUCUAUUAGAUGUGAGAAUACUGCAGUGAGAGGGUCUAUCCCCAAUAAUGGUUUUGGCCUCUUCAGCUUCUGUGCAUGUGUUGUGAAUGUACAAAGAUAAACUGUAGCUGUGGUAGUGUUACGAGUGUUACCUCUAUGUUCACUUAGCAGUGGUGAGCCAACACAUAAAGCAAAUUGCUGUCAGGGAGUCGGCUCUUCCUAUUUGUCAUUGACAGGAGUCAGCUGUCUAAUAGCUAGGUUGAAGAUUAUUGUGGGUGGCAAGUGGAGGCGACAACAAAGUCAGUUUCUCUACAGAUGUAUAAACCCGCUCAGUGCUCACAUAAGACAGUUUUCAGAUCAUCUCUAUAACACUCUAUCUGUUGUUGUUGUUGUUGUCAUUGUACAAACACACUAAGUUUCUAUGAGUUACUGCUUUUGUUUGUGGGAGAAGUUUAUGUGUUUCUAUCCACGAAACAUAAAUGAACAUUGCACGUUUUAUGCGAGUAAAUUAUGACGUAAACAGCAAGUUGUUUGUUAGAGCUGUAAAAUACAAACUGUUUCACAAAAUAUUUUCAUGUUUAUCUUUACUUAUCUGCAGAAAAUAAAAGAAAAAGGCUUUUCAUAGUGUGAAUCUGAAAGAGGAAAAUAUUAUAUAAACAAUACUGAGGUCAAAGAAAAUGCUUGACCUGAACUUCUGUAUUGAGUCUCUUGUCUCAUGUCUACUUAGCCUGACUGUUGAGGGAUCCAUAACAGGCUUAAUACUGACCAAGCCUCAGGCAGUGGGGUCAGCAUAUUGCCGCACUUUAGCAGGUCCUGACCUUGGCAAAACAGAUAAAUCAAGCCUAAGGCUUCAGCUGGCGUUUUUUUCCCAUCCUCCUAACUGCUGACAGAAACUCUCGACCCCUGGCCACCGUGGUCUUUCAUUCUGCUGGACAAAACAGAGUACAUUAAGCUGUGCUGGAUACCUGUUCACCAGUCUGCAGGGAGAGAUGCCUUUUAUGCAAAAAAAAAAAAAAGAGGGCUGAGAGAGAGUGACCCAUGAUAAGGUAAAAAUUGUGCUCUAGAUUGACUUCAGCUUGGGGUUGAACUAUAUUUUACCUGUCACCCCAAGUUAGAGUUUUAAGAAAAUGUGACCAACUUUCUUAAUUUUUCCAUCUCCUGAUAUUUCCAAAAACAUGCAAAAUAGACUGUACAUUAAACCUGUUUUCUUUACAAGGACUGUUUUUAUGUUUUGGAAGAAUUACCAAGAACCCUUCUGUGUUGUAGGAGUGGACCGAUUCAGCGAUGACAUUGAGGAGAUGAUUGGCCAGAGACCAGGACGGUACUGGAGGCUGUGCUGGAAGUUUGUAAGCCCCUGCUUCCUUCUGGUGAGUCCAUACGUACGUCGACUAUCGAAAUAGUCCUGACAGAGAUCAUUUAGAAAUAUCAACUUUUACAUCAAUAUGAUGUUUCUAAGAAUCAUACAGUCUUAGGGGUUUGAGUGAGCCAAAUUCAAAUAGAGAAGAACAGAAGUUUGUUGUUUAUUUGUAAAACGUGUUGCUUUGGCAAACUGAAAAAUGCGGUUUUCCUCAGGCAGACUCAGGCUGUCUGAAAAAAAGUCAUAUUCAGACUAACAACCACACUUUGACUGUCAAAGAAACUUUUAUUUGAGAGGGAUAUGCCUUCAUCUGAUUUAUUUUCAUAAAAUUAUUCAGAUUUUUGUUUGUCAUCUCUUGAUUUUACCUUAUGUGAUAUCAUAGCAGGCUAAGAGGUGUGAUCUAAGGUCAGCUGGAACACAUGGUAUAGCUUACUCACCACUUUGUAAUAUCUUAAGUGUUUCAUUUUACAUUCACUUAACAAUCUCUGAAACAAACCACACACAAUCAUGGAGAGUUUUAAAGAUUUUCAACGGCUGAUAUUGACACAGAAGAUAAGAGAGUAGGUUGGUCAAUAUACAAUGAGUUAUUUCACUAUUGAUAGUCAACGUAUGGGUUAUUGAUAUAUAUAUGUAUAUAUAUACACACACAAACUGUUGAAGCAUGUAGAGGACAAAAUAAGCAAAGAAGCUUUGUCUAUAGAGGGCGCCAAACUAAAAAUUGGUCACAGGAGCUUUAGCAUGUGAGUUCAACCAUAGAAUUUCUUAACUUUUUCAACUCUUAAAAUGGAUAAAAAUGACAGCAGGUGAUAGAAAUGGAUUGUUAUUCAAGUCUUUUGUACCCAAACCAUUUUCCUCCAGUUUAUGGUGGUGGUGAGCUUUGCCACAUUUAACCCUCCACAUUACGGCUCCUACAUGUUUCCUCCGUGGGCUAACAUGGUGGGAUGGUGUCUGGCCAUGUCCUCAAUGUCCAUGGUGCCCCUCUAUGCCAUCUACAAACUCUGCUCACUACCUGGAAAGUUUUGCGAUGUAAGUGUCGUUUCCAUAAUACAGUCGGCUUUCACCUGUGAGACCAUGAAAAGAUUAACAUUCUUAAUGACGUUAUUAAAUUCCUGAGUGUUGCUUUUCCUGCUUCUCAAACAGAGACUGGCUUAUGCCAUCACUCCAGAGUCUGAGCAUCAUUUGGUGGACAAUGGUGAGGUCAGGCAGUUCACAGUAAGUAGAGUAUUAUCUUGAAUUAUUUUUGUUGUGGUCUAUGAAUCGUUUGAUCCUGUUACUUUUUAUUUCAUGGGUUUUUUCCUUUCUUCCACAGCUGCAUCAUUGGUUGGUGGUCUGA